AUGUAUUUGUUCAGGCGUGAACCACUGGCUCUUAUCAACCUCAAGAAGAAGAAUGAUGAAACUGGGGAAGAAGAACUUGCCUCACGUUUAGAUCACUGCAAAGCAAAAGCCACCAGGCACAUAUUCCUCAUCCGCCAUUCGCAGUAUAAUCUGGACGGCCGGGCUGAUAAAGAUAGAACUCUGACCCCCCUUGGUCGAGAACAGGCUGAACUGACUGGGCACAGACUGGCCAGCUUGGGGUUGAAAUUUGAUCAGAUUAUCCACUCCUCCAUGACUAGAGCAACUGAAACAACUGAAAUAAUCAGCAAAUAUCUCCCCGGAGUCAAAAAAAUUAGCACUGAUCUGCUGAGAGAAGGAGCACCAAUAGAACCAGAUCCGCCAGUCUCUCACUGGAAACCAGAAGCUGUGCAGUAUUACGAAGAUGGAGCUCGCAUUGAGGCUGCUUUUCGAAACUUCAUUCAUAGAGCUGAUGCAAAGCAGGAGGAAGACAGCUAUGAGAUCUUUGUCUGCCAUGCCAACGUGAUCCGUUAUAUUGUGUGCAGAGCACUGCAGUUCCCCCCGGAAGGCUGGCUGCGAAUGUCUCUCAACAACGGCAGCAUCACCCACCUGGUGAUCCGGCCCAACGGCAGGGUAGCGCUGCGCGCGCUGGGCGACACGGGCUUCAUGCCGCCCGAUAAAAUCACGCGCACCUGA